CGGAUCACGGCACGCAACGUCCAGCUUCCAAGUCUCACCAUUUGAGAUCUUGCUAGCUGCUACGUUGUGUCGUCUCCUUCUCGCAGUAUCGUUGAACGAUCUCAAGCUCCAUCUGAAUCGAGUUUGCUAUCUUUUUCGAGAAGUAGUAACCCACUCGUCCGUUGCCAUGGGUAGCCUUGACACCAACCCUGCCACCUUCUCUACCGAUGUCGAUAGCUUCCAGCCUCUCAACGCCGACGACGUCCGCUCCUACCUCCACACGUCCGUCGACUUCAUCUGUGACUACUACAAGUCCGUCGAGUCCCUCCCCGUGCUCCCCAACGUCGAGCCCGGCUACCUGCGUCGCCUGCUCCAGUCCGCCCCGCCCACCUGCUCCGCACCCUUCAAUGUCACCAUGAAGGAGCUCCGCGAGGCCGUCGUGCCCGGGAUGACGCACUGGGCCAGCCCGAACUUCUUCGCAUUCUUCCCAUCCACCAACAGCGCCGCCGGCAUCGCCGGAGAGCUCAUCGCCUCCGCGAUAAACAGCGUCGGGUUCACGUGGCAGGCGUCGCCGGCGGCCACCGAGAUGGAGGUUCUCGCUCUCGACUGGCUCGCGCAGCUCCUGCGCCUGCCCCCGAGCUUCAUGAACCGCACAGGCGCCGCCAGCCGCGGCACCGGCGGCGGAGUCAUCCUCGGCACGACCAGCGAGGCGAUGCUGGUCACGCUCGUCGCGGCCCGUGACGCGGCGCUGCGCCGGAUCGGGUCCAACGGCAUGGCCGGGAUCACGCGGCUCGCCGUGUACGCCGCGGACCAGACCCACUCCACGUUCUUCAAGGCGUGCCGCCUCGCCGGGUUCGACCCUGCCAACGUCCGCUCCAUCCCCACCCGCGAGGAGGACAACUUCGCGCUGGACCCGGCGAGGCUGCUCGAGGCCAUGCAGGCGGACGUCGACGCCGGCCUCGUGCCAACCUACAUCUGCUGCACGGUCGGCACCACGUCGUCCAACGCCGUGGACCCGGUGGGCGCCGUCGCCGACGUCGCCCACCGGUUCAACGCCUGGGUCCACAUCGACGCCGCGUACGCCGGCAGCGCGUGCAUCUGCCCGGAGUUCCGGCACCACAUCGACGGCGUGGAGCGCGUGGACUCCAUCAGCAUGAGCCCGCACAAGUGGCUGAUGACGUGCCUGGACUGCACCUGCCUCUGGGUGCGCGACUCGCACCGGCUCACCAACUCGCUGGAGACGACGCCCGAGUACCUGAAGAACGACGUGAGCGACUCCGGCAUCGUCACCGACCUCAAGGACAUGCAGGUGGGCACCGGGCGGCGCUUCCGCGGCCUCAAGCUCUGGAUGGUCAUGCGCACCUACGGCGCCGCCAAGCUCCAGGAGCACAUCCGCAGCGACGUCGCCAUGGCGAAGAUGUUCGAGGGCCUCGUACGCGCUGACGACCGGUUCGAGGUCGUCGUGCCGAGGAACUUCGCGCUCGUCUGUUUCAGGAUCAGGCCCCACGGCGCCAUGGCGGAGGAGGAGGUCGAGGAGGCUAACCGCGAGCUGAUGGAGCGCCUGAACAAGACCGGCAAGGCGUACCUGGCGCACACGGUGGUCGGCCGCAAGUUCGUGCUGCGGUUCGCGGUGGGGUCGUCGACGCAGGAGGAGAGGCACGUCCGGAGCGCGUGGGAGCUCAUCCAGAAGACGACCACCGAGAUGAUGGUGGAGGGAGAGAUGUAGAGGAUUAAUGGUGUGCUUAAACUGUUAAUUUCGAUGUGUUUUUGCCGUUGUUCUUGUUGCUGUUGUUGAGGAAAGGUAAAGUCCAAUAAAGCCUUCCAGCUGUUGUGUUUAGUUUCCUCCCUGUUUUCCACGCAAAUUGAGCGUGCAUGUGUUGUUUACAUGUUGUUUGAUCAUCAAUACAAUUCUGACGACGAUCCAAGUGCUA